CGGAGAAGGGAAGGGGCCGAGGCGGGCGCGGGCAGGAUGUACACGGCGGGGCUGGCUCCCUUCUACGCGUCCGGCUUCAGCCUGUGGUCGGCGGCCUACUGCUCCCCGGCCGGCGGGCACGCGCCCCCGCCCGUGCCCGCGCCCGCGCCCCCGCCCGCGCCCGCGCCCGGCUGCUCCUUCCCCCCGGAGCCCGGCGCCGCCAAGAAGCCUUCCUUCUGCAUCGCCGACAUCCUGCAGGCGGCCGUGGGGGAGGCCGGACCGGCGGCGGACGGACUCCCCGGCGGCUCCCCGCUGCGCCCCACCCCGCUGGCGGCGCCCCCCGAGCCCCCUCCCGGCUUCCCCGCCCGCCUGUCCCCGCUGGCCGCCGCCUAUCCCCAUCCCCACCCGCACCCCCACCCCCACCCCCCGGCCCCCGCCAGCAAGGACCUCAAAUUCGGCAUUGACCGCAUCCUCUCCGCCGAGUUCGACCCCAAGGUCAAGGAGGGCAACACACUGCGAGAUCUCACUUCCUUACUAACCACCAGCCGACAAACCGGGGUUCACCUCCCUGCCCUGCAACCCGCCGCCGGCCAGUUCUUCGCGUCUCUAGAUCCCAUUAACGAGGCCUCUGCUCUCCUGGGUCCCUUAAACACAACCCCGAGAAGUUCAGUGCAGCACCAGUUUCAAGACACUUUUCCAGGUCCUUACGCCGUUCUAACUAAAGACACAAUGCCUCAGACGUAUAAAAGGAAGCGCUCCUGGUCCCGGGCCGUUUUUUCUAACCUGCAGAGGAAAGGUUUGGAGAAAAGAUUCGAAAUUCAGAAAUAUGUCACCAAGCCGGACAGAAAGCAGCUGGCCGCGAUGCUGGGUCUUACGGACGCUCAAGUGAAGGUCUGGUUCCAGAACCGGCGGAUGAAGUGGCGCCACUCGAAGGAAGCCCAGGCGCAGAAGGACAAGGAGAAGGAGCCGGCGGAGAAGGCGGGCGGCGGGGUCCCGACGGCGGGCGGCGAGCGGGAGGAGCGGAGCCCCAGCCGCUCCGACGGCGACAGCUUCUCCAGCGACCCCGACUCCCUGCUGGACCUGGCGCCCAGCGACUCGGAAAGGACUGAGGGGCCCGAGCCGCCCCUGCACCAGACCAGCGUCAUCAAGUCCUCCUCGUCCUCCUCGUCCUCCUCGCCCUCCUCUUCGUCCUCGUCCUCGUCCUCGUCGUCCGGCGCGGCCUGCACCCCCGGGCCCCCCGGGCCCCCCAGCUGCGGCCCGGAGCUCGACCGGACCCCGCCUCCGCCCGCAGCCCAAGCCGAGACCCCGCAGCCGCCCCCUCCCCAACCGCCCGCCCUGUAGGGAGCCGGGACCCGACGGGACGGGACGGGACGGGACAGGACGGGACUGGACACGGGCCGGCCGGGCCACAGAGGGGAAAGGGCCCAACUGGCCGCCCACGCCCCGGACCCUCACUCCCACCCGACUCCCCUGGACUCUUGCUAAUUUAUGUCUCGGAUGGAGCGGGUCCCUGGACUUUACUCCGCAGCCCGGCGGGCCUCGGGCCCGCGGGACCUCUUUUGUACAUAGUCUGCCGCGGGGCCGGGGGCUCCGGGGGGACGGGAGACGCCCAGGCAGACACUGGUUCUCCCCCUCAAAACCAGGCCUUCCCGCAUCAGCUCUCACUGUGAACCGCCCCGGCGCCCGACGGCUGGCGUCGCUUUCUAAACUCCGGCCAACACGUUGCUGCACUGAGGAAAACCAAAU